AUGUCCUCUGCAAACGUUCUGGAGCUUGCGCAGACAGGCAAGCGUGACUACUUGAAAGAGCUCGAGAAAAAGUACCAGGCAAGAUGGGAGGCGGAGCAUUUGUUUGAGGUCGACGCGCCCAGCGCUGAGGAGACGGCUGGAAUGUCCAUGGUGGACAUCCGAAAGAAGUUCCCCAAGUGGUUUGGCAACUUCCCCUACCCCUACAUGAACGGGUCCCUGCAUCUCGGACAUGCCUUCACCAUCUCGAAGAUCGAGUUCGAGGCUGGGUACCAGCGGAUGCUUGGCAAGCGCGUGCUCUUCCCCCACGGAUUCCAUGUCACCGGAAUGCCCAUCAAGGCCUGCGCAGACAAACUCAUCCGCGAGAUGGAGAUGUUCGGGCCCGAUUUCGAAAACUACAAGCCAGAGGACGAGCCCGAGGCACCUGCGCCCGUACAGGGAGCACCCAACGCCACCAACCCCGGCAAGGCGACGAAGGGAAAGGCUGCGGCGAAAAAGACAGGCUUCACGUACCAGUUCCAGAUCAUGGAGUCGAUAGGCGUGCCGCGAGCUGAGAUCAAGAAAUUCGCUGACCCGUACUACUGGUGCGAAUACUUCCCCCCAAUCGCCAUCGAAGACAACCACCGCAUGGGCACGCGGAUCGACUGGCGGCGGACGUUCAUGACCACGGACGCGAACCCGUACUACGACUCCUUCGUGCGCUGGCAGAUGAACAAGCUGCACCGGCUCGGCAAGAUCAAGUUCGGCGAGCGCUACACGAUCUACAGCCCCAAGGACGGGCAGCCGUGCAUGGACCACGACCGCGCGGAGGGCGAGGCGCUCGGCCCGCAGGAGUACACCGCGAUCAAGAUGGAGGUGGUGCAGUGGAGCGACGCCGCGGCGAAGGAGAUUGAGGGCAAGGUCGGCGGGCGCAAGGUGUACCUGGUGGCUGCCACGCUGCGGCCCGAGACAAUGUACGGCCAGACGAACUGCUUUGUGGGCACGCAGAUCAAGUACGGCGUGUUCGCGGCGAACGAGAAGGAGGCGUAUGUGUGCACGUACCGGGCGGCGCGGAAUAUGGCGUUCCAGGGGAUAUUCGAUGUCCGUGGGCAGGUCAACCAGCUCUUGGAGAUCGAUGGGACGAAGAUCGUCGGCGCGAAAAUCAGGGCGCCCUUCUCUGUCUACCCCGAGGUCUAUGUUUUGCCCAUGGAUAACGUGCUCGCUACCAAGGGAACCGGCGUCGUGACCUCCGUGCCCUCAGACUCGCCCGAUGACUAUGCAACCCUCAUGGAUCUGCGCAAGAAAGCCGACUUCUACAAGAUCGACCCGUCCUGGGCCUCGUUCGACCCCGUGCCCGUCCUGAGCACGCCCGCCUACGGCGAGAUGACCGCUCCUGCAUUGGUCAAGCAGCUGAAGAUCCAGUCGCAGAAGGACGUGAAGCAGCUCGCGGAGGCGAAGGAGAUCGCGUACAAGGAGGGCUUUUACAACGGUACCAUGCUCAUUGGGGAUUUCAAGGGCCAGCCCGUCCAGGAGGCGAAGAACAAGGUGCGGGCGACUAUGAUCGAGAAGGGUGUGGCGUUUGCGUAUGCGGAGCCUGAGGGCCUGAUUGUCUCACGGAGCGCGGAUGAAUGUGUCGUUGCGCUCAUGGAUCAAUGGUACCUCGACUAUGGAGAGCCGUCCUGGAGGUCGCAGGCCGAAAAGGCUUUGGCCAAGAUGGAGACGUACAACCAGGAAACGCGGAACGCAUUCGAGGGUACUCUAGCUUGGUUGAACCAGUGGGCAUGCGCCCGGACGUACGGUUUGGGAAGUAAGAUGCCUUGGGAUCCUCAGUUCCUCGUGGAGAGUCUCAGUGACUCGACUAUCUAUAUGAGUUACUACACUGUCGCACACCUAUUGCAAGGUGGUACUAUCAACGGUAGCAAACCUGGGCCGUUAGGCGUGACUGCCGACCAGAUGACAGACGAAGUCUGGGAGUACAUUUUCUGCAACGGACCAUGGCCGGAACCAGCACCCCUGCCGAAGGAGAAGGCGGACGCGCUCAAGCGCGAGUUCGACUACUUCUAUCCCUUCGACGUGCGGUCCUCUGGGAAAGAUCUUAUUCCCAACCAUUUGACAUUCGCCAUCUACAACCACUGUGCCACCUUCCCCGAGGACAAGUGGCCGCUCAGUAUGCGCGUGAACGGGCACUUGAUGCUGAAUGGCGAGAAGAUGUCGAAGAGCAAGGGUAAUGCCUUGACAUUACGCGACGCGAUAGAGAAGUUCGGUGCGGAUGCCAGUCGCCUAGCUCUCGCUGACGCGGGAGACGGUAUGGAGGAUGCCAACUUUGACGAGAAGACCGCCAACGCGAACAUUCUCCGACUCCACACUCUCAUCGGCUGGUGCGAGGAGAUGGCCAAGGACAAGUCGAAACUUCGCACUGGGGCUCGUAAUUACCAUGACCGUGUCUUCGAGAACGAAGUCAACGACCUCAUUAACAUCACGAAGAAGUACUAUGAUGAUAUGUGCUUCAAGGACGCCCUGAAAUACGGCUUCUAUGAGAUCCAGAGCGCCCGUGACUGGUACCGAGAGGUCACUGCAGAGUCCGGCGGCAUGCACGCGGACCUCGUCCUGUACUGGAUACGAGUUGCCACCCUUCUCAUUACCCCCGUCGCGCCUCACUUCGCGGAACACGUCUGGACAGAAGUCCUCAAGGAGCCGAAGUCCGUCCAGCUCGCCCUCUGGCCAGAGCCUUCGUCGGCUGUGGACCGCAGCAUCCUCGAUGCAGGAGCGUAUAUGCGCGGCACCGUUAAGACGAUGCGUGAUGCUGAGCUCAGCUUGCUCAAGAAAAUGGGCAAAAACAAGGCGGGCAAAGUUCCGUACGACCCCAAGUCGCCGAAGGCUGUCCGGAUAUACGUCGCGCACUCGUUCCCUGAGUGGCAAGAUACGUGUGUGCAAGCUAUCAAGGACGCCUAUGCGGAGGAGGCCGACAAGGUCGACGACGCGAAGGUCAGGGAGAUCCUAACGAAGAAGGGUUUGAUCAAGGACAAGCGGGCUAUGCCGUUCGUUCAAGCAUUCAAGAAACGCAUGUCCGAGUUCGGUGCUCAGACAGCCUUUAGGCGCACGUUGCCCUUCUCCGAAGCAGAAGUCCUGAAGGAGCUUCUACCAUAUCUGAAGAAGACUUUGAAUUUGGUCGACGCCGACAUUUACUCGGUCGAAGAGGCCUUGUCCAAGGAAGGCCCUGGUUUCAGCCGCGCUAUCAUUGAGAGCUCAGAACCUGGCGCGCCUGCUUUCGAAUACUACAAUGUGUAA